AUGGAUGAAAUGCAUUCUUCAGACACACUUUUGUUGCGAACACCGAAAUCAAAAAAAAAAAUUGGGCUUGUAAUACCCAGUACACCAAGUAAAAAAUGUAAAUAUUCAUCAGGCUUUAUAGCAGAAGACACUACGCCCUCCAAACGGUUUCGUUUAUACCAAGCCAAAUUUAAGACAAGUUCAAAGAAUGUCAAAGCCCAAACUCUUAGCGUAUCAAUAAAAAAAAAUCAAGGUGAAAUCACCAAUCCAUUUAUGACCGAAGGAUAUAAUGAUUACCGGAAUAUUGUCAGUCCUGGAUUGAGUUUUGAUAACGACUGCUUUUCAGAACAUGAAUUAGUUAGUCCAUUGAGUGAUAUAUCUUCGAUAAACUCGACAUCGCCUGAUGUUGAAAAGAUUGAUUCUUUAGAUCCUUUUGGCGUUGAUUCUUUUGUCUGGAACUGUAAGCCGCUUGUUAAUAAAGAAGCACUGGAGCUCCACCGAAUGAUUCAUUCUUCGUUUCCGAUGAGCCCACUGGAAUCCAACAGUGAUGUGCCACUUUUAUUGCCUAAACUCAAAAAAAGGUUAUCUCCAGUAAACAGAUCGACCUUCAAGCCAACAAGGUACGAACCCUCUCACCGUCUAUUGAAGCCCAAAAAAUCAAUUCUAACAGUACCAGCCAAAUCUCUGAAUCUCAUAGUCAGUUCGUCGCGAGGCUCAUUAAAUGACGCUACCAUCUUUGCCACCGAAAUAAAUUCUACUUUGAGCAAUGAAGAAAACAAAUUACCAGCAAUUUCUAGUAUUUGGGAGAAGCUCACAAUUCCAGUAAACUCUUCAAUUAAGGAGAAAUACAAGAAGCUUAAAGACCAAAUAUAUGGGCAAGCUAGUAAUUUUGGCGAAGAUGAAGAUAAUGAAGAAGACAAUGAAGACGACCUUCCCGACGCGGCAGUAAUAAGAGGUUACGAAUUUCAGUCAGGAAGGCGCGAUGAGCUGACGCAAUGUAAUGAACUACAGAGUACGAAGGACUACAAAAAAGUUCAGUGGGCAAAGGUUUUAGAACAAUAA